AUGGCAGAUAAUUGCAAUCAACACAGCGUUGAAAAAACUGAUACAUCAAAUGAUAUCGACAUCGCUCGAAUUGUUAUUGUUGGUGCUGGUCUCUCUGGUUUGACUUGCGCUCGAAACCUAACACGUCUACUCAAGAAGCGACCACAUCAAAUUACAAUAGUCGAAGCACGUGACAGAAUUGGUGGUCGAACAUUUAGUAUUCCGGAACUCAAUCUUGAUUUAGGUGCUUCGUGGAUCUUCCCAGAUCACACUGCCGUACGUGCAUUAGCAAACGAGCUAGGUAUUAAUAAACUGGAACAAUACGAAGGAGGCAUGUCACUUGUAGAUACUAUGAAUGGUACUUCUCGUCCAACGAGUAUGGGUAACAUUCAUGGUGGCGCUAAACGUCUCAAAGGUGGAACUGGUAGUUUAUGUGCAAGUAUUCUUAAUGAACUAACGAACCGAAACGAAGCAACAGUUAAUAUACAGCUAAACUCACCUGUUACCAGUAUUAAUUAUAAUGAUGAUAAAUCUAUAACUGUAAAAUUACAUGAUCAUCAUUCUAUAAUGGCUGAUUACGUAGUAUUAGCUUUGCCACCUAAACUAUUAAUAUCAACUGUACAGUUAACGCCAAUGUUACCAUCAUCUCUUAUCGAACAACUUAAGAAAUGUGUCACAUGGAUGGCAUCUACAUGCAAAGCCGUCCUUGUAUAUGAACGUGCAUGGUGGCGAGAGAAGAAAUUAAGUGGAUUUGCUGUUUCACGUCAACUCAAAGCACAAGAAUGGCAUGAUGCCUCCAGUGCAACUUGCAAUGCUCUUUUUGUUUUCUGUCUAGCUAAUACUACCAGACAGCAAGUAAUCGAUGCUACUGUUAAAAUAUUUGGUAGCGAUGCAGAAAAUCCAACAGCUGUGUAUAUCACUGAUUGGAGUAAUGAAGCAUUUACAUCCUCAUCAGUCAAUGAUGGUAGAGGUGGUCAUCCACAUGUAACUGAUGUGUGUAGACAGGCCUAUUGGAAUGGACGAUUAUGGUUGAGUAGUAGUGAAGUAAGCGAUACCGAUAGUGGUUUUCUUGAAGGUGCUGUAACACGAGGUAUUCAAGUGGCUGAUCAACUAGCUGAAUUAAUGUUCAAAGAGAAAACUAAAUCUCAAAAUGGAAUAGAUGUGUAA